ACAUUAGUAGUAUUAUAUAUUAAUACCAACAGUUUUACACCAAAUGAAUACCUCAUCUAGCUCGGGAUCUUUGCGUGCUUAGGAUCUGAUCUUUACACGAGUGAUGGAUGGAGAUUAUAAGCGGGUAUCAUCUACAAAUUACUUGUAAAAGCCGUUCUCUCCCAUGGCUCCAUGGAUUCAAGAACUUCAUUUUUCUCAUUUAGACAUUCCAAUAACAAUAGAAAAUAUUUCUCAGAUCCUGACUCCUGUAUCCAACCACGAGACCCUUUACCUCUCGAAUCUUGAUGACAUGAUUGGAGCACGUGUUUUCACUCCAACCAUAUACUUUUACAGAUUGAAUGAGUGGCAUUUCCAUCAUGAACCGAUUAUGAAAGUACUAAGCGAUGCUUUAAGAAGCGUAUUAGUGCCAUAUUAUCCUUUCUCUGGGAGGUUAAGGGAGACGAAGAAUGGGAAGCUAGAAGUAUUUUUCGGCCCCGAUCAAGGAGUACUUCUAGUUGAGGCGCGUUCGGAUGUGGCCUUAGCUGAUUUGGGAGAUUUAAGCGUUUCAAAUCCUGCAUGGAUUAAAUUGAUAUACAGAUUUCCUAAUGAAGAACAGUAUAAAGUUGUUGACAUGCCAUUAUUGAUAGCACAAGUGACUAAAUUCAGGUGUGGUGGAUUUAGCCUUGGUUUGAGAAUUUGUCAUUGCAUCUGUGACGGGCUUGGAGCAAUGCAGUUCCUGAGUGCAUGGGCUGCAACAGCAAAAACCGGGUCGUUGGUUAUAAACCCGACCCCUUGCUGGGAUCGAGAAACUUUUCGACCCCGUGAUCCACCGAAGGUCGAAUUUUCACACACCGAGUUCAAGAGAUUCGAUGAUUGUUCGAGCCUCACGAAGAGUCUAUGGGAAGUCAAACCCGUCCAGAAAUGCUACAGAAUAAGUCGAGAGUUUCAAAUCCACGUGAAAAACUUAGCACAAUCAGAUGGAAACUUCUCUUGCACAUCCUUCGAUGCAAUGGCAGCUCAUGUGUGGAGAUCUUGGGUUAAGGCUUUAGAUGUAAAGCCUCUCGAUUACGAGCUUCGUCUGACAUUUUCCGUCAAUGCUCGUCAGAAGCUCAAAAACCCAUCUUUGAAAGACGGGUUUUACGGCAAUGCCUUGUGUGUGGCGUGUGCGACAAGUACGGUCCAAAGGCUUGUCAACAGACAACUUUCAGAGACAGCCCGGUUGGUGCACGAGGCUCGACUAGGCAUAUCGGAGGAAUAUUUGAGGUCUACAAUAGACUAUGUUGAAGUAAGCAGGCCAAAGAGGUUGGAAUUUGGUGGAAAAUUGACGAUAACACAAUGGACAAGAUUUUCAAUUUAUGAAUCUGCUGAUUUUGGAUGGGGUAGGCCAAUAUAUGCUGGCCCAAUUGAUUUGACUCCAACUCCACAAGUUUGUCUAUUUUUGCCCGAAGGAGGAGAGGCCGAGUCUAAUGGUACAAUGGUUCUAUGCAUAUGCUUGCCAGAAUCUGCUUGCAAUAAGUUCAGGGAAUUUUUGUAUCUCUUGGAUUCAACCGAUAAUUCCAUGGAAUUGUUAUAAUGGUGAAGUUCUCUUUGUUGUUCAUUCAUAAAAUGGGGUUCUUGAUUUUGAACACACAAAAAGCACUUAUAUAGCAAAUUAAGUUAAAUAUUAUAUAUAUUUUCUUGAUACCCUACUCCUCUUCUUAUUCUAAAAUGCUCAGAAUUAAGUAAUGUACUAAAGUAUUGUCAUUGUCUCAAGGGUGCAAACCUCGCACCGUGCAUGUUGUGA